AUGGUCAUUCUACAGCAGGGCGACUAUGUCUGGUUGGACCUGAAGACCGGUCGGGAGUUUGAGGUGCCGGUUGGUGCAGUGGUCAAACUCUGUGACUCAGGACAGAUCCAGGUGUUGGACGAUGAAGGAAAUGAGCACUGGAUAUCCCCCCAGAAUGCCACCAACAUUAAGCCAAUGCAUCCCACCUCCAUCCACGGUGUGGAGGACAUGAUACGCCUGGGAGACCUCAACGAAGCUGGCAUCCUCCGCAACCUGCUCAUCAGAUAUAGAGAGAAACUCAUAUAUACAUACACUGGUUCCAUCCUGGUGGCCGUCAACCCUUAUCAGCUGCUGCCCAUCUACACAGCCGACCAGAUCCGUCUGUACACCAACAAGAAGAUUGGAGAAAUGCCACCACACAUCUUUGCCAUUGCUGACAACUGUUACUUCAACAUGCAGAGGAACAACCGUGACCAGUGCUGUAUCAUCAGUGGUGAGUCCGGAGCAGGGAAGACCGAAAGCACCAAACUGAUCCUUCAGUUCCUGGCAGCCAUCAGCGGUCAACACUCCUGGAUAGAACAGCAGGUCCUGGAGGCCAACCCUAUACUAGAAGCCUUUGGCAACGCUAAAACAAUCCGCAAUGACAACUCGUCUCGUUUUGGGAAAUACAUCGACAUCCACUUCAACAAGAGAGGAGCCAUAGAGGGAGCCAAGAUAGAGCAAUACCUGCUGGAGAAAUCCAGAGUCUGUCGACAGGGAAUUUACGGCCGUUUGUUUGUGUGGAUCGUGGAGAAAAUCAAUGCGGCCAUUUACAAGCCUGCGUCCUCACAGCCCAAAGUUCUCAGACGCUCCAUCGGACUGCUGGACAUCUUCGGCUUCGAGAACUUCACCGUCAACAGCUUCGAGCAACUGUGCAUCAACUUCGCCAACGAGAACCUGCAGCAGUUCUUCGUCCGCCACGUCUUCAAGCUGGAGCAGGAGGAGUACAACCUGGAGAACAUCAACUGGCAGCACAUCGAGUUCACCGACAACCAGGACGCCCUGGACAUGAUCGCCAUCAAACCCAUGAACAUCAUCUCGCUCAUCGACGAGGAGAGCAAGUUCCCCAAGGGCACAGACACUACCAUGCUGAACAAGCUGAACUUUCAGCACAAACUCCACACAAACUACAUCCCUCCGAAGAACACCCACGAGACGCAGUUCGGCAUCCAGCACUUUGCUGGCGUUGUUUACUACGAGACGAGAGGUCAGUGAAAGCAACACAGCACACUUUUACGGGGCAUCAUUCAGCUGGUUCACUCCUUCUAAAAACAAUCAUCAAGACAGAUUUUCCAGGCUGAUGGGGCAGAGACCAGGAAGCGUUCUCCCACUCUCAGCAGUCAGUUUAAGAGAUCUCUGGAGCUGCUGAUGAGAACUCUGAGCGUCUGUCAGCCGUUCUUCGUUCGCUGCAUCAAACCCAACGAAUACAAGAAACCCAUGCUGUUUGACCGGGAGCUGUGUGUGCGUCAGCUGAGGUAUUCCGGUAUGAUGGAGACCAUUCGUAUUCGCCGCGCUGGAUAUCCAAUCCGCUACACCUUCGUGGAGUUUGUCGACCGCUACCGGGUGCUCAUGCCUGGAGUCAAACCGGCGUACAAACAGGAUCACCACGACAUGUUGCUGGAGAUUGAGAGAGACAAGGCCAUCACAGACAAGGUCAUCCUCAUCCAGAAGGUGGUUCGAGGAUUCAAGGACAGAUCUAACUUCCUGAAGAUGAGGAAGUCGGCUGUGUUUAUCCAGAAGACGUGGAGAGGAUAUCAAUGCAGGAAGAACUAUGGAGCUAUGCGAGCAGGCUUCUCUCGCCUCCAGGCUCUGGUUCGUUCCAGGAAGUUGUGUGCGUCUUAUCACGUGGCCCGUCAGCGAAUCACAGGCUUCCAGGGUCGCUGUCGGGGCUUCUUGGUACGCCGGGCGUUCAGACACCGGCUGUGGGCCGUCAUCACCAUCCAGGCCUACACCAGAGGCAUGAUCGCCCGCCGGCUGUACAAGAGGCUGAAGGGAGAGUACAACCGGCGGCUGGAGGCAGAGAAGAUGCGGCUGGCGGAAGAGACCAAACUGAGGAAUCAGAUGUCUGCGAAGAAAGCGAAGGCCGAGGCUGAACGCAAACACCAGGAGCGUCUGGCUCAGCUGGCCAAAGAGGAUGCCGAGCGGGAGAAGAAGGAGAAGGAGGAGGCUCGGAGGAAGAAGGAGAUGGUGGAGCAGAUGGAGAAGGCCCGUUUGGAGCCCGUUAACGACUCCGACAUGGUGGACAAGAUGUUCGGCUUCCUGGGGACAACGGCCUCUUUCCCAGGCCAGGAAGGACAAGCCCCCACCGGCUUUGAGGACCUGGAGCGGACCCAUCAGGAGCUGAUGGAGGAGGAUCUGGACGGGGCUCUUCCUUUGCCUGAGGACGAUGAAGAGGAAGAUUUAUCAGAGUAUAAGUUCGCCAAGUUUGCCGCCACCUAUUUCCAGGGCACCACAACACACACAUACGUCCGACGGCCUCUCAAACAGCCUCUGCUGUUCCACGACGAUGAGGGAGACCAGCUGGCUGCCCUGGCGGUGUGGAUCACAGUGCUGAGGUUCAUGGGAGAUCUGCCGGAGCCCAAGUACCACACGGCCAUCAGUGAUGGAAGCGAGAAGAUCCCUGUCAUGACCAAAAUCUAUGAGACGCUGGGAAAGAAGACGUACAAGAGAGAGCUGCAGGCGCUGCAGGGGGAGGGGGAGACGCCGCACUCUGACAGCCACAAGAAGAACAGUGUCCGACACAAACUGGUGUCCCUCACCCUGAAGAAGAAAUCCAAGAUCACUGAGGAGGUCACCAAGCGCCUUAACGAUGGUGAGUACAGUCUCCAUGGCAACAGCAUGCUGGAGGACCGGCCAACAUCCAACCUGGAGAAACUUCACUUCAUCAUCGGCAAUGGGAUCCUGAGGCCAGCACUGAGGGAUGAGAUCUACUGUCAGAUCUGUAAGCAGCUGAGUCAGAACCCGUCUAAGAGUUCUCACGCUCGGGGCUGGAUCCUCAUCUCUCUGUGUGUCGGCUGCUUCGCUCCAUCAGACAAGUUUGUGAAGGUGCCGCCGGGUUACGCUCGUACUGUGAUAGAGAGACUGAGACGAACUUUUGUCACGGGACCAGAAACACAACCCUCCCGUCCUGUAGAGCUGCAGGCCACCAAGUCGAAGAAGCCCAUCAUGCUACCGGUGACGUUUAUGGACGGCACAACCAAAACACUGCUGACAGACUCGGCAACCACAGCCAAGGAGCUCUGCAGCGCCUUGUCCGACAAAAUCAACCUGCGGGACCGCUUCGGAUUCUCACUGUACAUCGCACUGUUUGACAAGGUCUCCUCUUUAGGCAGUGGGAACGACCAUGUGAUGGACGCCGUGUCGCAGUGUGAGCAGUAUGCGAAGGAGCAGGGAGCCCAGGAGAGGAACGCCCCCUGGAGACUGUUCUUCAGGAAGGAGAUCUUCACGCCCUGGCACUGCCCCGCUGACGACCAGGUUGCUACCAACCUCAUCUACCAACAAACCGUCAGGGGAGUCAAGUUCGGAGAAUACCGCUGUGACAGGGAUGACCUGGCAGAACUGGCCUCUCAGCAGUAUUAUGUCGACUACGGUUCAGAAAUCCUUCUGGAGCGCCUGCUGAGCCUCAUCCCCUCCUACAUCCCCGACAGGGAGAUCAGCAGCUCCCGGUCGGUGGAGAAAUGGACUCAUUUCAUCAUGGCUGCACACAAAAAGGGUAUCUACAGCCAGAAGAGGUUUGACCCUCAGAAGGUGAAAGAGGAAGUGGUGGACUUUGCUCGCCACAAGUGGCCUCUGCUCUUCUCUCGUUUCUACGAAGCCUUUAAGUUCUCAGGUCCCAGUCUGCCUAAAAACGACCUGAUCGUUGCCGUCAACUGGACUGGGGUUUAUUUUGUGGAUGAACAGGAGCAGGUCCUCUUAGAGCUCUCCUUCCCAGAAAUCACUGCAGUUUCCAGCAGCCGGGGAGGGAAGUUGCAGAGUCAAAGUUUCACUUUGGCGACCAUCAAAGGAGAAGAAUACACUUUUACCUCCAACAACGCAGAGGACAUCCGCGACCUGGUGGUGACCUUCCUGGAAGGUCUGAGGAAGAGGUCGAAGUUUGUGGUCGCGCUGCAGGACAACCCCAACCCCACCGGGGAGGAGUCAACGUUCCUGAGCUUCCUGAAGGGAGACCUGAUCCUGCUGGACCAGGACUCCGGCGAGCAGGUCCUCAACUCUGGUUGGGCACACGGCAUCAACGAACGAACCAAUCAGAGAGGAGAUUUCCCAGCUGACUGUGUCUACGUCCUGCCCACCAUGACCCGACCUCCGCAAGAAAUAGUAGCGCUGGUAACCAUGACACCAGAUCAGCGCCAGGAGUCGGUUCGUGUUUCGCAGCUCGUCAUGCCAGAGAGUGACGGCAAGAUGAAACCCUACACACUGGAGGAGUUCUCCUAUGACUACUUCAGGCCUCCUCCCAAACACACCCUGAGCAGGGUGAUGGUCACCAAGAAUCGUGGGAAGGACAAGAUGUGGAGCUGCACCAGAGAGCCUCUCAAGCUGCCGCUGCUGAAGAAGGUCGUCAACCACGAGGAACUGGCUCAGGAUGCCUGCAUGUCCUUCAUAGCUAUGAUGAAGUACAUGGGUGACUACCCAUCCAAAAGGACGCGCUCAGUCAACGAGUUGACAGACCAGAUCUUUGAAGGAGCGCUGAAGGCCGAACCUCUGAAAGAUGAGAUCUACUGUCAGAUCAUCAAACAGCUCACUGACAACCACGUCAAGUACAGUGAGGAGAAAGGCUGGGAGCUGCUGUGGUUGUGUACUGGUCUGUUUCCUCCCAGUAACGUACUGUUGCCGCACAUCCAGCGCUUCCUCCAGUCCAAGAAACACCAUCCGCUCUCUGGAGACUGCAUGCAGAGGCUGCACAAAGCUCUACGUAAUGGAUCCAGGAAGUAUCCUCCUCAUUUGGUGGAAGUGGAGGCCAUCCAACAUAAGACAACCCAGAUCUUCCACAAGGUCUACUUCCCUGACGACACAGACGAGGCGUUCGAGGUGGAGUCCAGCACCAAAGCGAAGGAAUUCUGCCAGAACAUCUCAACCAGACUGCUGCUCAAAUCUCCUGAAGGCUUCAGCCUCUUCGUCAAGAUCUCAGACAAGGUGAUCAGUGUGCCAGAGGGAGACUUCUUCUUUGACUUUGUCAGACAUUUGACGGACUGGAUCAAGAAAUCUCGACCAGCUAAAGACGGAAUCAUUCCCUCUCUGACCUAUCAGGUGUUCUUCAUGAAGAAGCUGUGGACCAACACGGUUCCAGGGAAGGACUCCUUCGCCGACUCCAUCUUUCACUACUACCAGGAGCUGCCUAAGUACUUGCGUGGCUACCAUAAGUGUUCACGAGAAGAGGUUUUCCAGCUUGCAGCGCUCAUCUACCGCGUCAAGUUUGAGGAUGACAAAUCCCACUUUCCUACAAUUCCCAAGAUGCUUCGGGAGCUGGUUCCUCAGGAUCUCAUUCGUCAGAUGUCACCAGAUGACUGGAAAAGGUCAGUGGUUGCGUACUUCAACAAGCAGGCUGGUAAAUCAAGGGAAGAGGCCAAACUGAUAUUUCUGAAGAUCAUCUACAAAUGGCCAACCUUUGGCUCCGCCUUCUUCGAGCAAACCACAGAGCCCAACUUCCCAGAGAUCCUGCUGAUCGCCAUCAACAAGCAUGGAGUCAGCUUGAUCGACCCAAAGACGAAGGACAUCCUGACCACCCACCCCUUCACCAAGAUCUCCAACUGGAGCAGUGGGAACACCUACUUCCACAUCACCAUCGGCAACCUGGUUAGAGGAAGCAAACUGCUGUGUGAGACUUCGCUGGGCUACAAGAUGGACGACCUGCUGACCUCUUACAUCAGUCAGAUGCUGACCACCAUGAACAAGCAGCGCUCCGGGCGGGGCAACAGCAAGUGAACUUCUUACUGGCAGGAGGCCACUGAGCUCAUCCGGCUCUUGCGCCCGAUUGGCCAGCCCUGCAGCUGGGGGCGGACCUUUGCCUACCAGCUGUGGAGGAUGAGCCGCAGUCCUUCUGCUAGCUCAGAAGGGUCGAAGCUCACCGGGGAGAGUUCGGCUACCAGCAGCGACGACCCCGGCGAGGGCCCCAGCAACUAUUACAACUAUAGCUACAACUUGGAUGAGGACGAGCCGUCCAGUGAGGAUGACUACCUCUGAAACCUUCAAACUCUCCGUCCAACUGGUCGGUCCUCCUGGUUUGGCUCAGGAUUCAAUAGUCAGACUACUUGUACGGAAAUACAGCGUUCAGUCAGUGCUGCUGUUAUUGUUAAUGAUCCAGGACGCCUUUAUAAAUGUUGCAGUGACCCCAAGUGGCAGCAGAUGUUCACUGCCUUAAUGUUUGAUGAGGACUUCAUUCCCUAAAAAUAGUAAAAUGUUCUUGUGACUUGAACAAAAACAUCUAUAAACUACAAGUACUGUCUUUAAUGGGCAAGUUAAUUGGUCAAUCAAUCAAUCCAUCCAUUUUAUGUCACGUAUCCAGGUCACCUUGAUUGAUUGAUUUUAUUAAUUAUUGGGAAGUACCGACAAAAAAUUAUAUAAAUGUCAAUAAAUACAUGCGCUUAAAGUAAAAACAGACAACUUUUCAACUUUCGGCUUUGUGAAUAAAUACCACUUUGGAAAUAAGAGAGAGCAUGUUUACUAAAGAGGAAAUGUUACAAUUUUAUAUUGAAUUUGGGAACAGACAAAAGCUGUAAUGAUGUGCAUUUCUUAGUAAUAACAUAGUUUGAGUAACAUUAUUGCUUCACACAAACAAGUAACUACAGCGGGGAGGAGGAGUAAUAUCUAAGGGUUGGUUACUUAUUUAGUCUACAAUAAGUGCUGUACAUCAAGCCUUCAUUUUCCCAGGAAAUAUUGUACCCAGCAGCAGACAGAAUUGCAUAAUGGAAGCAAGGCUCAUAGGGAGAAAACACGGAUGGUGGGAUUAUUUUAUAUCCUUAAUACUGUGCAAUCAACAUUUCCUUCAUAAUGUCAAGUUAAAGCAGAGGAGUUGUCUAUUUCCACCUAAAUAGAUAAUUGUAGGCCUUUUUGUUCCUACCGGUUUCCCACCUAUCUUUGACCGGUAUGAUUGUUAAAUUUCAUUAAAAAGGUCUUUAAAAGUCUCACAUUAAAUCUGUUGAACACUGCAGAAACCCUGGUCAACCUUCAGUUAGCCCUAGCUAGUUGUUAGAGCAGAGUCUUUACAUCACAUGACCUUCCCUGUGGCACCAGUCUCAUUCUAACACAUUUAUUUACUUACCAGUGAUAAGGAUCUAAAAAUAUCAAAGUUUUCAUCCAUCCAACAAUUUAGGGUUUUUGUGUGUGUCACAGGAACUUUAGUGAAAAUAUAGACAUUUAGUCCUGUUCCUUGUUUGUCUAAAGCAUCCUGAGAGUAUUGGCUGUAAGUUUAUCGUAGAAAACCAGUAACAGUGCAUCUUUUCAUCACUUUGAAUAAUAUUCAUAAAAAUUCCUUCUUGUUUGGGUCUAGAAAGACAUUUAUCUGUUUUUCUGGCCUUGUAACCAAACAGUGUAACUGACGUGGUGUUUAGGAACCUGAGCUCAUUUAUUUAAAACUCUAUUAUCGUUGUGUGUGACAGAGUAGAGACAGACCUGUAUGUGUUUUUGGGUCACAUCCCAGAUUUUUGCUAUUUAUGGCCUAUACUGUGUGUAAAGGUUUAAUAAAUAUAUAAUAAAUUGUUUUUUAAUAAUUAAUGGUUUAUGUUUACACCUCUAAUGUUUAAUGUUGUAGAUUAUUUUCAGCUGUUUGUGUUUAGUUUUACAUUUCAUGCCUUUUAUUGUUUCUCUGUUUUUAUUGAGACUGCAUUACCCAGUAUUCCUGUGGAGUGCAGCUGCUGUUCUUAUGGGGAUUUUGUUACAUUCCUGUAGUCCACUUACUACCUUUUUCUGGGGCUUUAAGUUGCAUCUCUUUCUUUGUUAGAGUUAGCACAUUUGUCAUGUGAUAAUAAAAGUGGUUGAAGAUGAAAGUCAUUCACAUA